AUGGCGAUCGAAGAGCCGCCCAGCUUCGCAGCUACGUUGCAGGGGCUGACGGAGCACAUCGCCCCAAGGGCGCACGCCUACGAUCAGCAGAGCUUCAACAUUCGCAGUGUGAGUUUGAUCCUUUACAGGAAGGACCAAGAUGCGAAGAUGGCUAACUUGAUAAAUCAAAUGGAAGCCCAGCUGCAGCAACGUGAUCAAGCCAUGGAAGCAAUGAGAUCCCAGUGUGAGGACCAGCUCCGUGCUCUGGGUGCGGCGGGGGCCGCCCAAGAACCCGCGCGCCUGGGCAGCGUCGACGGGGGGGGCGUCGCGACGGAUGCGGAGAACGGCAUGCAUAUCAAGCUCGACCACAGCGCCAAGCAGGAAAUGACGAAGCUUAUGGGCGCCUUUUCCAAGAAUGCGCAGGCGCUCCUCAAGGCAAAGGACCGAGGGGAGCGACUCCAACAGCAGGCAAACCAGCUCAACAAUUACACCAUGCCCUCAGGGAUGCCACGUUUCAAAUUCAAUUGGAACAACGCCGAAGAUGACGAGGUUAUGCGCAACGAAGCCAAGUCCUUGAACGUUACAAUCAAAGCGCGAACGACUUGGAGGUCGGCGAAAGAGCAGCUAGAUAUGGGAUAUUGGGGGCGCAUGCGCACAUUGGAUCUGGAUUUCAACAGCGAGAUCCAGGCAUGGUGGCAUAAGCAUUUGGGCAAAUACCGGGUUUCCGAGUAUUUCGAAGCUAAUCCAUCGGGGUCGGUUGGACCCACCGUGCUGCCCUUUGAGGCGAAGUCGUGUUUAGCGGCUGUCAAAUACCAGCUCUACGAGCGUUUCAAGAUCCAUGCCGCGAGCGGGCGUGGAAGGCGCCGCAUUUCGAAUUUUGACCCUUGGCUGUUCUACGCGAUCAAGUGGAUCAAGACCAGCUCUUUCGACAUUGUCCCCGCGGGCAAGCGCGGCGGUCAUUGUCUUAUCCAGGACAGUGACCUCAGGACUUUUGUUGACGAGGACAUGUCCAAGCAGUGCUACGAGGAGAUAGGGUAUGUGAACAAGCCGUUGGUUCUUCAGGCGCACGAGUCCAUCACAAAACACGUCGGAGGAGCUUUCGGCGACAACCGCCUCACUUACGAGUUCCGGAAGCGCUACAGGUCAGAGAACCCCAGCGUUGCGAAGCUCCAGUUCACGAUGAGGCAUGCAGAGCCCAGGAAACGUGAUGAUGUUUGGCUAGUGCUACCGCACCAUCCCUUGCGCGAGAAAGCCAACGCUUGCCAGCUUCUCAACGAGCUCUGGACGAGGUGGGGUGCGGACAGGCUCCGCCGUGACAAGCACGGCUGCAGGGCGCUCACAGGUCGCGCCGCCGCUGCCGAUGGCCUGGAGGAGGCGCUCCGCCACUUCACCUCGAAGCUGCGCGUGGGCGGCCCCCACCGCGUCAUGGACGUGAAUCUCAGUCGCCACAUGGUGUCAGAGGUCGGCAGGGCCCCCGUCGUCUGCGUCGAGCAGGGGGCCGCCGAGAGCGGCUGCCUGUCGGAUCUGUUCUUCGGCGAGGCCGACGCCCCGAACGGCGAGCCGAGCGACGCCGACCGGGCGGCCUUCGUGUCCCAGGGGGGCGUGUGCGGGCUGCGGGCGGUACCGCUGGAGGCCUCCGACUCCGCCGGCUCGGGACGCAGGCUGCUGGCGGUGGCGUUCCUAGGCCCCCUGCCCUCGCGUGUGCUGCACGGCCUGCUCCGCAACCGUUUCAUGUGGCUCCAAUCUGGUACAGAUUAUCGCGAGGACUGGGCGCCCAGCCCACCUCGCAGCAGGGCGCGGCAUGGCGCCCUGACGGGAGCAGCGGACUCCACCCGUGGAAUCAUAGAUUGUGCGAGGCCGUGGCGCGCUGCCCAGGAGCAGCAGGCCGCGGCGAGCUGGUGUGCUGGACGCCGAGCGCCGCAGGCGCGACGACGCCAGGCAGGCAGGAUGGCAGUGUCGGCAGGAGCCAAGAAGGCGGGGACCGACGCGCUGCGGGCCGCUGGUGCUGACGUUACGGACGACGACGUCGCGAGCCUCGUCCUGAAGGUGAGGGCGACGCUGAACGCGGGGCGGGCCCCCCGUUCGAAGCUGGACGAGGCGAGACGACUGGAGGCAGCGCUGGACCCGGUGGCCAUCCGCCUGGCGCUGGGGAACCCGGAGGUCCCGGGCUCUGAGAUGGCCGAGGCCCUCUGGGGGUUCACUGAGGCCGCCACGUACGCCACGCAGGCGGAGAGCCGGAUCAGGAGAGUGGCGGCCGAUACCGAUGGCUGGGAGAGGAUCGCGGAUUGGAUCUGGGCCCGUGCAGUCGGCGACGACGGCGGCACGCUGCCCACCGACUGGCUGCUGCACCUGGGCAUAGGGCUCCUCCUGUCCAGCCUGGUGGUGGUGCUUGGGGCCGACUCCGGGCGGCACCGCCUGGCAGGCGCCGCUGUGGGGCUGUGCGGCACCGUCCUGCUAGUACGGCGCGUGCCCGAGCGUGUGGUUGCCUGGUGGGCACGCUGGAGGCGGCGCUCGGCCUUCGCCGCGGCGCUGAGGAGCGGCGGGGACGGCCUGGACCUGACCGCCGCCGAGGACGACUGCGCGGCCUGGGACGCGAAGGGGGCCCCGACGACCAAGGGGGGUGGCGCGGGGGCCACGGAGGUUCCUACUGGCCCGCUGCACCCCCCGGGGCUGGCAGCGCUGCCGCCGUCGCCGUGGGCCCCACCUGCCGAAGGCGUGGGCGGGGGCGCCCCGCCAGCAAAGCCCGGCGCGCAGGACCUGGCGGCGCUGCGGGCGUUCGGCCAGGGGUCCGAGGUGCCAGGCCCCUUCAGCCAGACGGCGGCCCUGCAGCAGCAGCAGCAGCAGCAGCCACAGCCGAGCCCAGAGGUAGGCGUGCCAACGUCGGGGCUCAGCUUCCACGCGCCCUAUGCUCCUGCAGACGCGGUGAAGCUAGGGCGCGAGGUCCAGAUGGUGGGCGCCACGCUGCGCGAGUUCCAGGCGCAGGCGGCCACGAACGUGUACUGGGCCUGGCACUUCUGGGAGAGAAUCGCGGCGGUGGAUGGCUCCAUGGGGCUGCAUCCUGACCUCCGUCGCGUGCUGCAGACCCACGGCUACGUGGGCGCAGGAACGAAGUCCCCGCCAGGUGGUUCGCUGCAGCAGGAGCUGGACGCGUUGCUCUCCUCCGCCACAGCGCCGCACGGCGGGGGCAUGCACGCCUCCCCUGGGUGGGCCGUGGCCCCGGUGACCCAGCAGCAGCAGGAGGACAGCCGAUGGAACCUCAGCCUCCCGCCGGACCUGCGGCGCGCGGCGCCGGAGAUCUACCGCACCAUGCGGGGCGCUGGGGCGGCUAGCGCUCGCGACUGGCUGUCGCAGGAAGUGACGGGCCAGCGACACACGGCAGUCUGGACCGACCUGUGGACCCGGUCCGAGCUGCUCACCCGCCUGGCGUCCGACGAUGCGCUGGAGCUGCACCUGAGGCGGUUGGCGAGCUACGUCUACGAGAUGCGGACGAAGGACAAGGUGGGUGCGGCGGCCAUGCUGGCCGUGCGCCCGCCCGGGUCGGCCGCCGACUUGGCUCCCACAUGGCUGGUGACCGAGGCCACGACCCACAGCAAGGCUGAGCACCAGCGUGACGAAAGGGUCCACGCCGCCAGCAAGCACGACAACCGAGGUGCCCCGCGGCCGCGGGUGCAGCCUAGAAUGCCAGUGACGGGUUUGCCUGGCUCGCUGACGCGGGCCCUGCAGUGGAAGGAGGCCGAGGCCAGGGCGCUGCUGGGCGUGGGCGCUCGCUUGGGGGCGCACGCGGGCGCCGCGGAGCCCGCCGAGGGCGGGGCCAGCGGGGCGCCGCGCGCCUCGCCGCCCGAGGGCGGGGGGCUGGAGGCGGACGACCUGGGGGAUGCCGGACCUGAGGACGCUCAGCAGCAUCGCUACGACGACGACUGGCUCGGGCAGCAGUCCAGCUGCCGUGCCGCGCCGCCUAGCCCGUCGGGCUACAGCGUGGCGGAGUGGCUAGAGGCGGUGAGGCGGGCGAAGCGGACGGCCGAGGGCAAGUUGGCCGACGGCACCUUCCGCACGAGCCCGCUGGCCCAGUACCCCGAGGGGAUGUGCGAAGCGCUGGGCGCUUUGAUUGUCCAGACCCUGGCCAUCUUCGAGCAGACCGGUCUGGGCGGCACCGGGUGGCGAAGGCCGCCGGAGGCCGACAGGUCGGUCACCGCCUGGAGCUCGCGGAGCACUACGGCACCAGCGGUGGCCGUGCGGAACGAGGACGUGCUUCGCGGCCGUGGGCUGGUGCUGGACGGGCCGCAGAUGGCCUUCUACCUGCACGUCGACGACGGGGUGGCGAUGGCCGGUGGCAGCGGCUGUGGCCCACGGGCCACGGAGAAGAUGCACCAUCUCGCGGAUGCCUUGGCCGAGGCCGGCUUCGUGGUCACCGACCGCACGGAGGCUAGCGACAUGCAGAAGGUGCUGGGCUACGCGCCACAGGCGCGCCCAGCGCAGCUGCGCUUGCCCCCGAAGAGGGCGCGGGAGCUGGUGCGGCAGCUGGAGGAGAUGGGCGCCACCCGCACCCUCCACACCGAGGAGCUGCGCUCGCUCUUGGGGGUGUGGAUCUGGGGCGCCCUGCUUCGGAGGGAGCUACUAUGCAUACCCAGCGCCGUCUUCAGGCUCCUGGAGAGGCACCCGCACCAGCGGGUGUGUACCUGGGCGACCGUCCGCAGGGAGCUGCGAGCUAUGGCGCAGGUAGUCCCGUUGAUGUACGCCGACCUGGGAGCCCCGCCAGCCCCCGUGUAUUUCGCGGCGGACGCCAUGGGCGCCAACGUGGAGGACGACGGCGGCUGGGGCAUACUGGUGACCGACAUGAGCGAGGACAUCGCGAAGGACUUCAUCGACACGGGCGGCAGCUUGGGCUACACCGUGGCGCGGCUGGACGGCGAGCUCACUGGACUGCGACGGCCCGAGCAGGUCAUCCGACGGACGAAGCCCUUCAGCCUCCUGCCGGAUCGCGUGUUCAAGCCCGACGAGGACUGGACGAUCGUGGGCGCGGGGAGGUGGCGGACGGCCGACCACAUCACGCUGGGCGAGGGGCGCUGCGUCGUGAAGAUCAGUAGACUGGCGGCCGCCACUCCGGCCCUCCACCGCACCGUGCUGCCGAUCCUGGAGGACAACCAGCCAGUCUCAGGCGCGGUAUGCAAGGGCAGGAAGCUGGACAGCACUUCUGUUGAGAAGGUUAAGCCGCACACCCUGGCGGCUUACAGGGCAGCGGCUAUGAAGUUCGUGACCUACCUGGACGAGCACGGCUUCGUCCCCGACGGGCCCGAGCAGUGGGGCGACCUGCUUGUCGAGUACAAGAACGACAUGCAGAUGACCAAGUGCAAUUUCGAGUACGCCGUCGCGGCGGUGGACAUCAAGGAGGCAGGACGGUGGCUCACGGAGUCCAGCCUCCGCAUCUACGUGGACGUUGUCACCGCCUCCAGGGUCCUGGCUCAGGCUGAGCAGCGAGGAAUCGCACCGCUCAUCCGCGAGGCGGCCGAGAAGCUGCCCAACUACUUCCCGGAGGGCAUCUUCGGCGAGGGUCAGGGCAUCCAGCAUGCCGCCAGCGGGCUGGCGAAAGGGCCAGGACGGCUCCUGGGUGCUGCCUGCGGAGGGAGUCCCUCCAGCGCCGCUGGCGGGGGGCCGCCGGGCGGCCUCGCCAGCACCCCGAGCGCACUAGGCGCACUGGUGGAUGGGCUGCUGGCGGGUCCGCAGCAGCCGGGGGAUGCAGCAGCGGGCGCGGGCGCGGCCGAGGCCGAGGCGCCGGCGCCAGCGGCCCCUGGCGUGGGAGCACUGGGGCCCCCGCAGCCGCUGGUGGCGCAGCCGCUGGCAGCGGGCGCGGCCGCGGGGUCGAGACGCGCGCGCUGGAGCAAGUGGUCGCUGCUGCGCGCGGUCUGGCUCAUCGCAAGGUGGUGCGGACGAUCAACCUCGCGAGGAGUGACGUGGGCGGCGGUCGCCGCGAUGCUGAUCGGGUGGCGCUACAUGGCUGGGCCGCUGACCCACGUCGGGACCAUGAUGGGCGUCGUGGCCAGCGUAUCUGUCUCGGCAGGCAAAGUGGUCGACAGCAGCCUUGGGGCAGUCAUCACGGCGGCACAAGGCGUGUCAGACUUCGCCGUGACGUCGUCCCGCAGCUCGGCGAGCCUCCUGCAGGAGGCCUGGCGCGGAGUGGACAUCACCAACCUUCACGUCCGCCAGCGCCACGCCGAGCGGCUCGCGGACGACCCCGAGAUCUUGCAGGACUGGAUCCAGCGCGAGUUCCUGACAGGCGAGCCCCGACCGCCUGGAGCCGAGCAGGUCGCCACCGCGAUCGCUGAGGCUUCGGUUACCAUACCUCACAUGUCGGAGAGAUGGCAGUUAAUGAUCUGGCCCAGUCAAUACCGCGAGCUGCACAUGACACUCGACCUGCUGCCGUCAGGUUUCUACGGAGUCCAUAUGGUCGAGCGAAUCGUGAAUUUCUCGGUCCAGUGGAGCAACCCAGUGUGGAGUAGCCUCGACUGUGACAUCAGCUCUGAGAGAGAUACAGUCGUGGCUCACAUCAACUCCACUUUGGCAGGGCUCCCGCUCCCCGAGAUCCGCUACAUGUCCAUGACUGAUCGUGAAAUCCAAGUCGCCAGGCUCCCAGGUGCCUGGAUCAAUAUUGCCCGUAGGUUCGUGCGUGCUGUAUAUAUGGCAGUGAAGAGUGUUUUGCAGCUCGUUUUGUUCGGAAUCUAG